CUUGAGAUGACUUCAUUUGAGAAGACUCUCCCUCAAUCUCAAUGAAAAUGGGUGUUACUGUGUUUUUGUUGGUGGGUUUUCUUUCAAUGGUGUCCUUUGUUCAUGGGUAUGGAGGUUGGAUCAAUGCUCAUGCCACCUUCUAUGGUGGGGGUGAUGCCUCUGGGACUAUGGGAGGAGCAUGUGGGUAUGGGAAUUUGUACAGCCAAGGGUAUGGAACAAACACAGCAGCACUGAGCACAGCAAUGUUCAACAGUGGAUUAAGCUGUGGUUCUUGCUUUGAGAUUAGGUGUGUCAAUGACCGCAAAUGGUGCCUCCGUGGUUCCAUUGUAGUCACUGCCACCAAUUUCUGUCCCCCAAACAAUGCCUUACCAAACAAUGCUGGAGGAUGGUGUAACCCUCCUCAGCACCACUUUGACCUCUCUCAGCCUGUCUUCCAACACAUUGCCCAAUCCAGAGCUGGUAUUGUCCCUGUUUCUUACAGAAGGGUACCCUGCAGGAGGAGGGGAGGCAUAAGGUUCACCAUCAAUGGCCAUUCCUACUUCAACUUGGUCCUUAUAACCAACGUUGGUGGUGCUGGUGAUGUACAUGCUGUGGCCGUCAAAGGGUUCAGGACCCGUUGGCAGCCAAUGUCAAGGAAUUGGGGCCAGAAUUGGCAAAGCAACACCUACCUCAACGGCCAAACCCUCUCCUUCAAGGUCACCACUAGUGACGGUCGUAGCGUGGUCUCCUACAAUGUUGCCCCAGCUAGCUGGUCCUUCGGUCAGACCUUUAGCGGAAGACAAUUUCGCUAAAGAAUCAUAUUCCAACAGCACGGGGAUUCUCCAUUCUCAAAUUUAAUUUCUCUGUAACACAGAGAUUUAAUUUAGAUAUAGUCACUUGUAUUAGUAUUGUGACUUUUAAUUAGGAAGUAUAUAUUAUUAUCUAUUUUGGGUAAUUUUGGCCUCUAGGGUUUAAAAAAAAUGAAAAGGGGCUUAUUUUAAAUGGCCUUUUUAUCAUUUUAAUUUGCUUGUGGGGGUACCCUAAUAAUGGGGUGCCCUCUAUUCUUGAGGCCCUUUUUUUUUGGCAGAGGUGGACUGUUACCACCCGCCAGUAGUAGAUAGUUUCGUUAAUCUCUGUUUGGAUGCCUUUUUUUAAUUUUAUUUCUGCUAUUUGGUCAUUGCUAUCAGCUUCAGCUCUGAGAGUCCUUUUGUUUGUUGAGGUUUGAUAUGUAUGAUGAGAGAUUAAGAUGUAUAUUCAUCAGUUUGACUAGUAAUGAAAAGAGUGCUUAAUUUUCUAUUAUUA